AUGAGGUUCAUCCUUUCUCUUCUAAUUGGCAUCACCGCAGCUUUCUUUGCAUACCAGCAGGACUCUGUUCUCGCCUACCUGACUCAGAAAACACCAGCAAACCUGUCGCACUUCUUCGCAAAAACCAGCAGCUCAAACCCUCCCUCCGACCUAGGAUCGUCCGCUCCCAUCGUCCUGCCAGUCACCAACAUGUCUGCCGCUCGUGCAAUCCGUCAAGUUUUUCUUGCCAUUGAGCAAGCAGAGGGCGCAGGUGCGCGCGUCCGCCGCUCCAUCGGCACUCCCAAACUGCGAAACUUCAGCCCCUUCCUCAUGCUCGAUCAUUUCACCAUUGGCAAGGGCGCCGGCUUCCCAGACCACCCCCACCGCGGCCAAGAAACUAUCACCUAUCUGCUGUCUGGUGGUGUUGACCACGAGGACUUUGCUGGAAAUAAGGGCACCAUCGGUCCCGGGGAUCUGCAGUUCAUGACCGCCGGCCGUGGCAUCAUGCACGCCGAAAUGCCCCACGAGAACCCCGACGGAAGCCCCAACGUCGGCAUGCAGCUGUGGGUCGACUUGCCGAAGAAACUGAAGAUGUGUGAGCCUCGAUACCGUGAUUUGCGUUCUACCGAGAUCCCAAUCGCUAGCGCCGAUGAUGGCCGCGUCACAAUCAAGGUCAUUUCUGGCCAAUCUCAUGGUGUUGACUCCGUCCGUGAUCUGGCCUAUACCCCGGUCUGGAUCUUGGAUGUUACUAUCCGCCCUGGUGGCCGGCUCUCUCAAACCCUCCCCCAGGGUUGGAACACCUUUGUUUACACUUUGUCUGGUAGUACCAUUUUUGGCUCCAAUGAUUCCACCCAGGUUGUAAAGGAGUUCCACAAUGUCGUAUUUGAGCAGGCUGGUGACUUCAUUGAAGCCUCUGUCCCUGACAAUGCAGACGAGGAAGCUCGCUUCCUCAUUGUCUCUGGUCAACCACUCGACCAGAAGGUGGUCCAGUAUGGUCCGUUUGUGCUCAACAGCCAAGAAGAGGUUCGGCAGGCUAUGAUUGAUUACCAGACGGCGUCAAAUGGCUUUGAAAAAUCGCGUGGCUGGGAGAGUGAGAUCGGCAAGCGUAUGGCCUAUUAA